AACCAUGAGGUUCUACUUUAUUAGUAUUUUGACUUUAUUCAUUGGAUACUUUUGCUCAGCAAGUGCUGACAUUAACGAUCCAAAUUAUGACGCCGAUAGGAAUUCAAUUCUGGACAUCUUUCAUAAUCCAGCUGUGAACAACUCUACCAAGGAAAGAAACAUUCCGGAGUUAAUAAACUUUUAUCGUCGCUAUCCAAACGCAGUUCAUUUAACCGAUGUCGAAAAGCAACAAUUUGAGGGGUUCAUUAGGGAAUACCAAGGAUCUCGGAACGUUUUGAUUGAUGGAGUACCAGCGCAGGGUGGAUCUAUUGGAUACGCAUUUGGACAUUUCUUAGGAAAGCUCGGUACUGGAUAUUUCAGGUCUCUGUUUAACAAAAAAAAGGAGGAUGAAUCUAAACGUGCAUCUACUUCAACCGUAAAACCACCAAGAGUUCUAAUUAUAAAUUUAAAGAAAUAAUAAUGACAAUCUUAUGAAAAUAAUAAACCUUGAAGGAAUAAUACAUUUUUUAUGAUUUCUCCAACUAUAAAUUGUAGAUAAACAAAAAAAUUGAAAAAACCCAAGAGGCUUUAAAAAAAUUAAUAAUUCAGAUUAGAGUAAAUGACACAAUCUUUUUUUUAAGUAAUGCAGUGAAUAUUUCUUUUCAAAUUGUCAUUUUGGUUGAGUUUUAACUAAGAGUUGGUAUUAUAUUUUCAAGAGCCUUAACAGUAACGUAACAUUUGUGCAAGCUUUUAAAUCCAGAAAAAAUAUAUAUUCCCUUGCCCAAAGGGAGAAAUACCAUACAAUGUAUGGACAUCAGA